AUGUGUGGGGGGCCACUAUACCUAUACCCUCUCACAGAGUCCAAAUCAGUGUUCAACUUUGCGAAAGUUUAUUUUGAGAUCAGUAUGACCAAGUCACCGCCAAGACAGAUUGCAAUCACCCUGCUCGGGGAGGAGGAGAGAUAUAUCAAUGUUGCCUACGAAUGGUUACCGCCCAUCUGCGAUCACUGCUCCGAAAUUGGGCAUACGACCAAGUAUUGUCCACUACCAACUGGCCUAACAGGGGAAAAUCCUACUGUCCAAGGAAAGCAACAAUGGCAGAAGAAGUCAUCACCUGUGAUAAAGGAUCCCGAACCUAUUGAGAAAGCCCAAUUGUCACAGCUUCCAGAUCAGACGCAGAAACUCCCGGCAGAAACCCUCCCGUGUAUAGCUAAGAGGUCAGAUGAAGUGGCUGAGAACACUACGAUUUCAGCCGAUGCAGUAUCCUCUGGUUCGUUGGUGCAGGAACCGGAUGUAAACGAUACUCCCCAAAGAACCCAGGGAUCGAACGAGGAUGCAAAAACAUCGAACAAAGGACGACCUACACCAGAGCCAACGGGGACUAGUGAUAAGAUCACUACUAAGUCAGGGCAGGAAUGUGCUAUUAUAGAAAAUACUUAG